AUGGAUUGGGACGUGAUAUGCUUAAAUGGAGGUAGUUGGAGUGGAAACUCUUGCAUCUGUCCCACUGGUUACAAUGGAGAGCAAUGUGAGGAGAAGGACAUUGUGUGCGAGAAUGGGGGCACCUGGGAUGGAAUCAAAUGCAUCUGCAGUGUCCUCUUCUAUGGCACUAAGUGUGAAUUGGUUUCAGACAGCCUUCCCAUAGGAACUCCUCCAGAAGAGGUCAAUGCUACCGUGGGAGUGAAAGUGACUGUGACCAAUAUGGAAUUUACAAAGGACUUAGAAAACACAUCUUCGGAUGCCUACAAGAGUUUCGCUGAACUGUUCAAAACACAGAUGGAUACCAUUUUCCAAAACGUCUCUCACUAUGUUGGUGUGGAGAUCAAGAAGCUUUCAAAUGGCAGUAUACUGGUGGAGUAUGAUGUGAUCCUGUCAACAAGUUUCACCCCAGAUUACAUGACAGAAUUGGAGACUAGUGCAAAGAAGGUAGAGGAAACAAUUACAACAGUAAUCAUUGAGCAAGGAGACACAAACUGCACAGAAAUAUUAUGUUUCAACCCCAACGAGACAUCAGUGGAUGAGCUUAUAGUUUCCUAUGAUCCUCUGGUGGAAUGCCAAGAGACUGCUGGAGAAUUUAAGGAAUUCUUCUACAUUGACUACAAGGACGAAACACCAGAGUGUAUUAACAGAUGCAUGCAAGGCUUCAACUCAUCACUGGACUGCAACCAGGGAAAGUGUCUGUUCCAGCAGAGUGGGUCUCGGAUAGGGCCUCGAUGCUUCUGUUUCACAACAGAUACACACUGGUACUGGGGAGAAACCUGUGACUUCAGCACCAGUAAGAACCUGGUGUAUGGGUUAGUGGGCACCUUAGGGGCAGUGCUGGUGCUCACCAUCGUUGCCCUCUCUGUCUUCAUGUACAUGUCCCGGAGGAAGAUCCAAAGGCAGAAGGCCAGGCUGGAUCAAGUGUAUAAAUGGCAUGAAGAGGAUGGAGGACCAGCUCCUGGGAGCUUUCAGAAUACAGGCUUUGACAUCUGUGAAGAACCAGAAGAUUCUCUUUACAUGGAUUCCACCUACAGUAAUUUCCAGCCCUCCUUAGAUCACAUUGACCCUGAAAAGAAGAUCCAGAUCCAAAGGCCACAGGUGGUAAUGACCUCAGUAUGAAAACUCACAGCUGAAGAAAACCUGUAGGUGGAACCCUACAAGGAGACAAGAAUAUCAUUUGUAAUACUGCCAAGGAAAGAAGUGCCAAAUCCUCAGUUAGUGAGUGGAAGAACAGAGGCCUGGGCUUUGUUGAUGUGAGAUUAUGUAUGCAAAUUGCCUUGUAAACCAUUACUUGCUAUGCAAACUGAAUAUAUAAUUAUUAUUUUUAUGUUUCUUACUAUUAUGGCAUUCUUUUUAUUGAUAUUCCAAGGACACUGUUCUCCCACAAUGUAGGUGCUCACCCAGCACCUCAACGGAGCUUCUGGCUGCAUACACAGAGGAGAGAGAGGACUGCAUGAAGGAUGAAAGAGGGAGGAGGGAGGAGGGAGGAGGGAAGAGAGAAGAGAAAGCACUUUAGAAAAGACAUCACUGUGGUCAUUGCUGACUUCUGACAUUUAGGGGUUGGUUCCCUCGGGGUGGAACUUUUCUCCCCAUUCAGUUACAGUAAAACAGAGAAUUCACAUAUGCAAAUACGUAUAACACUGAGAUCUUUCUCUUUUUCUACAUAUACACAGGCAUAUGCUUAUGUACACACAGAAUCUGCAGUUGAUGGUGUAGAAUAGUCCCAGACUAUGGCAGGAACUUGAGGAUAAAAGGACGAAACAUUUCUGUUGGAUUAACCCAAGGCCCCUUGGGAACAUCAUGGAGCACGUACUAAGCAGACAGCUGACUGUCUCCUGAAGCUUUCAUCUUUCAGGCAGGAGCCUUGGAAGUGGGGUUGAUGCAGAACCACUCUGGUCACCAAUGAUGGAAUGCAUCUCCUCUAGAGCCCAGGACCAGUACUGACCCAUGUCCAGAUAAUAUUCACCCCUAAUAUUUGCAUAUUGCUUUCUGCCUUUUUUUUUCUAAAGGCUUCCUCACACCUUAAUAUCCUUUUAUCCUCACAAAAGCCUUAUGAAGUGUCAGCACUUGGUAGAUAACGAUGCUGAGAACAGAGAGUGAGGUAGCUUCCCUAAGACCACCAAAUCAGUGAUUUGCAGAGCCAGGAUUCAGAACAGCUUCCUGACUACAUGAUGUCUCCUAAAGAAUUGGGAAGGAGCUGACUUUACCUUAGGGUCAGGGCAACCUGCUUCUUUCAGCUCUUUGCUCUCAUCAGAGCAACCCCAGGGCAAUGGUUUUCAGGGUCCUUUCCUGGUAUCCUGUACCCUCUAUUGGACCAUUGUGGCCACCUUACUUCCAUGAUCACUAAUGUCCCAUAUUACCUAACUAUUCUAAGAAAUCAGACCUAUCUGUGAUUCUCUUCCCCUGCCAUCCAUCAGUAAGAGAUAGCUUAUCUGCCAGACUUCCCUUCUUCUCCAUUUCUACAUUACAGGAUUUGGGGACUAGAAAAUUUUGCCCAAACCUACUCUAGACCUAAGGAUGACCAAGGGUAGGAUUAUUUUAGGGUACAUUGCCACUCACAGGGUACAUUUCCCCUCAGAAUAUCCUGGCCACUGAGAAUUCCAUACCAACCACAGCAAACAUGUCCCCUGACUGCAGGGAAAUACAAUGCUGCCCUGCAAUAUCUACAUUAUUGUUGUUAUUGCUAUCCUAUUCUUAUCAUUUGCAAAGCCAUUAGUGUCAAGGGACUUAUAGAAUCAUCAAAAUAGUCUUUGGUAUUUAUGGUUACAGAGGUUUUUCACAACCAUUAAUAUCACUUGAGUUGUGUAAUAUCCCUGUGAGGCAGGUGAAGCACAUAUUACAGUUUAUUAGAGAGAUAAAACCCAAGUGUUGAGGUCUGAGAGGUUGAGACCCCUCAAAGAACAGACUGAAGGACAGGGUCCUCUGGAAUGAAUUCACAGACUCAAGCAUUUUUUGAGCCAAGUUGGCAAAGAUUUACUGUUAUGCUUUUCAGCAGGCAAAGAUUCUUAAGGAACCUGGGACUUUAGAGGGGUAGAGUGAAAGUUUAUAUAAGAUAAAAUAUAGUGAAACAUGGGCCAAAUAUGCUAACUCAGUAAUUCAGGUUGGAUUAGGGA